AUGGCCAUUUUCAAGAAUUGCUUUAUCUUCUUCUUUGUCAUUACUUUUUCCUUGUCAAGCAUUAGCCAUAGCUUUGCAGCUCGUAGCCUAUUGCAAAUUCAGCCACAAUUGCCAAAAAUCCCAAAUAUGCCAAUAGCCAUAUUGCCACCAUUGCCAUCUUUGCCAACUAUUCCUUCAUUCCCAAAGGUUAUGAGUAUGCCUCCAUUGCCUGCUAAUUUUCCUAUGCCAAAUAUUCCAACUACUUCAUUUCCCACUAUCCCAAAUAUCCCAACCCUCUCACCACCCCCUUCAAACUAA